AUGGGAAACGGCGUCCAGCAACCUCUGGAAGCAACUGAUCCACGAGACAAAGUAUUCGCUCUCCUAGGUCUUGCAAACGACAAGGAUAGUUUAGAGGCCUUGGGCGUCGUCCCAGAUUACACUAAAUCCAAAGAGGAGGUGUAUACAACUGCGAUGGCUGCUAUGCUAAGAAAAGGCCAUAUCUCACUUCUCUCAAUCUGUUGUGGUAUGAAGAGGCCAAACGGUCUACCUUCCUGGGUACCAGACUGGUCUAAAGCAGACCCGCCAAUGUUUCAAGUAAUCGGUGAUGACGAUUAUAGCCUCCAUCCUGUAUUUAACGCCUGUGGUUCGAAGAACAAACAUCGUUUCAUUUUGCCAACCAAAGACCCCAAGCCUGAGAGAAUACUGGUUUACGCCAAACAAGUCGACGAAGUCUUUCAACUGGGUCACGUCGGCAGGUUGCCCUCCAUGCCCAGAGCCGUAUCCCCAGUUGAGUGGCUUGAUGCCAUGUUGCAACUCACGUACUGUGUCGACAAACCAUACUUGGACGUCAAGGAGCGCAUGCGAACCACAGCCAGAGCCUCACACGCCGGUAUGAGAAUCGGAGAAAACAAUAUGCUACAAAGAGCAAGCGAGUUUCCUGAAGCUCUAACCAUACUAGAAGAAGUGAUUCAAAUCGGCACAAAGGACGACGGUUUCCCCGAAUCCCAGAAUGCUUUGAGAAGGGCUCUUUUGAAUUACAGGAUGACGGAAUAUCCUUCACACAUGUUCCAGAUGCUGGGUGAGAUUCUGAGAAUAAAUGACUGCAAAGUGCCUCUCAUCACGAAAGAGGGUCGUUUAGGAAUUAGUUCGAUGACUGUCAAGGUGGGUGAUCUUGUAGUAUUGGUCAGUGGAGCGCAGGUGCCCUUCAUCCUUAGGCGUACAGAUACAAGAUACAUGACCGUUGGUGAGGCAUACAUUGACGGAAUCAUGGACGGAGAGGCAGCAGAAGACGGCGAAUGGAUUCAUAUUGAACUUGAAUAG